UGAGCGAAGGACCCCACGCAGCACGCGCACACGUGUUUGUCUGCAGCCAUGGCGGACAUGCAGAUGAAGAUUCUCCGCAAGAAAAUUCAGAAGAGAAAUGAUAAAAAUAAGCAACGCAAGUUGCUCAGAGCUCAGAAAGAAGAAGAGGAAAACGGCGAAGAGGUAAAAGUUGUGUUGGGCGAAUCUGAAGUGACCAGUGAUUCUGCUCCAAACGUCAGUGAAGAGCAGCAGGAAAGUAUCUCCACAGAGGAGAACGAAACCUCACAGAAAACUAAGAAAAAGAAAAGAAAAUUGGAUGGUGCAGGGGACGCAAAAUCUAGUGUGAAAAAGGUCAAAAAGCAGGAUGAAGUUAAAGAGACAACAGAAGCAUCAGAUGGAGAAGAUGAGAAACAGGAGGAAGCUGCAGAGCCUGAAAAGUUGCCAGAAAAUGGAAAUGAUGACCUAGAGGGUUCUGAGGAGGAGGAGGAGGAGGAUGAUGAUGAUGAUAGUGAAGACGAUGGACCAGAACUUCCUUCUGGUCUCACAGGUGCGUUUGAGGACAGGUCAUUUGCAUCUUUGGCAGAAGUGGUCAGUGAGAAUACACUGAAGGGAGUGAAGGAGAUGGGCUUUGAAACCAUGACUGAGAUCCAGCACAAGACCAUAAGACCUCUGCUAGAAGGAAGAGACGUGUUGGCUGCAGCUAAAACAGGAAGUGGUAAAACUCUGGCUUUUCUGAUUCCCUCCAUUGAGCUUAUCUACAAACUCAAAUUUAUGCCCAGAAAUGGAACUGGAGUGGUCGUAUUGUCUCCCACUCGUGAGCUGGCCAUGCAGACGUAUGGUGUUCUAAAGGAGCUGAUGACUUACCAUGUGCACACAUACGGCCUCAUCAUGGGUGGCAGCAACCGUUCUGCUGAAGCUCAGAAACUCGGCAAUGGUGUCAAUAUUGUGAUAGCUACACCUGGCAGACUUCUCGAUCACCUGCACAACACACCCGGGUUCAUGUUUAAGAACCUUCAGUGUCUGAUCAUUGACGAGGCUGAUAGGAUUCUAGAGGUUGGCUUUGAGGAAGAACUGAAGCAGAUCAUCAAACUGCUGCCUAAAAAAAGACAGACCAUGCUGUUCUCCGCAACACAGACGCGUAAGGUGGAGGAUCUUGCGCGAAUCUCCCUCAAAAAGGAGCCGCUGUAUGUGGGGGUGGACGACAACAAAGACACAGCCACCGUGGAAGGACUAGAACAGGGAUAUGUCGUUUGUUCUUCUGAAAAACGUUUCCUGCUGCUCUUCACGUUUCUGAAGAAGAACCGCAAGAAGAAGCUGAUGGUGUUCUUCUCGUCUUGCAUGUCUGUGAAAUACCAUUAUGAGCUGCUCAAUUACAUCGAUCUGCCUGUCAUGGCUAUUCACGGGAAACAGAAACAGACGAAGAGAACCACAACGUUUUUCCAGUUCUGUAACGCAGACUCUGGCAUUCUCCUCUGUACGGAUGUGGCUGCCCGAGGUCUUGAUAUCCCAGAGGUGGACUGGAUUGUUCAGUAUGACCCACCCGAUGAUCCAAAGGAGUACAUCCACCGCGUGGGACGAACAGCUCGUGGUAUUAAUGGUAGAGGACAUGCCCUCCUGAUCCUAAGACCAGAGGAGCUUGGCUUUUUACGAUUUCUCAAACAGGCAAAAGUCCCUCUGAGUGAGUUUGAAUUCUCCUGGGCUAAAAUCUCUGAUAUUCAAUCUCAGUUGGAGAAGCUGAUAGAGAAGAACUACUACCUUCACAAAUCGGCUCAGGAGGCCUACAAAUCCUACGUCAGAGCUUAUGACUCGCAUUCCCUCAAACAAAUCUAUAAUGUAGAAACGCUCGACCUCCCGAAAGUGGCAUCGUCCUUUGGGUUUAAAGUGCCACCUUUUGUGGACCUCAACGUUCACAGCAGUAAAGGGGUGAAGCUGCAGAAGCGAGGUGGUGGUGGAGGCUUUGGCUACCAGAAAUCUAAGAACGUCCACAAGGCCAAGAUCUUCAAACACGUCGAUAAAAGGAAAGGAGAUGGUAGACAGUUCUCACGCUGAGAAUAAGUAAAUAUGCCUUGUGAUGCACCUCUAUGUGGAGUAUCUGUCAGACUGCACAACUGUCAUUUAGUUAAUUUGUUCUCAGUCAUUUGAGAAGAGCUCUGAUCAGUCUGCAUUCCAUGCCUGUACAGAAAUCUGUUUUCAGAAGUCGUUAUAUAAUGCUGAAUUUCUAUUGUUACUGGCCCAACUCAUUAAAUUUAGAACCUUGUAUUAUGAAUAAUUCUUCAUGCCGUCUGCUCUCUACACGUGAGGUUGAACCAACAACCGUAGUGGCAACCAGAGUUUGAUAGAUCAGACUUUUGAUUUUCAUUUAUGUAUUUUUUCAAAUAGACGACAUUUUCCAUACUGUUUUACAGAAUAGAACAUCUUGAGAAAGAUCUUUAUUUAUGCAACAAUGUAACAACAAUGCUUGCUUUUAAAGAUUAAAAUAAAUGUAAAAUGCCACACAAAUUGUGUGUGUGGGGGAGAGAGAGAGAUGCAAAAGGAAUUGACAUACUAGUUAAUACCCAAAGAACAAUGUGUGACCCUGACCCAAAAGGUUAAUAUUUUUUAAAUUGAGAUUUAUAAAUCAUCUGAAAGCCGGGAUAAUACUCUUUCCAUUGAUGUAUGGUUUUUUAAAAUGUGGCAGAGAACCUACUUGAAAUUUGGGAAUUAAUUAUUGAGAAAAUCCACCUUUUAAAGUUGUCUAAAUUAAGUUCUUAGCAAAGCAUAUUACUAAUCUAAAAAUAAGUUUUGAUAUUUAUGGUAGGAAAUGUACAAUAUCUUCAUGGAACAUAAUGGUCACUUAAUAUCUUAAUGAUUUUUGGCAGUGGAAAAUAGAUUAUUUUGAUACAUACAUUGCAUUUUUUGACAUUUCUACCAAUAUACCCAUGUAACUUAUUACUGGUUUUGUGGUCCAGGGUCACAUUCAUAUUACAUUUUUAUCCUUAUUUAUUUUUAUUAAAUCAAGAAAACUCAAAUAAAAAGCAGAAUAUUAAUAGUGAUGAGGUUUGUUCAUUUUCAUUUAAAUGUCCUAUAUAUUGCAUAGUACUAUGAACUGUGUAAGGCUGCCAUCUUUAAAAUGUGCACAACAAUUGCAAAUUUCAGUUUUAAUCUUAUUUACAGGUUGAGGCAGUCUGAACUAAAGAGUCUAAGAUGGCAGGCUGUUUUUACAAUUACUGUAUCGCAUGACCUCGCUAUAAUCCUCUAUAGUAAAUAAAUCUGACCAAUCAGCA